AUGAAGCUCGCGUACCGGUUCUCCGGCCUGCUGGGCACCGUCUACCGCCGCGGGAACCUCUGCUUCACCCGCGAUGGCAACGGCCUCGUCAGCCCCGUCGGCAACAGGAUCUCCCUCUUCGACCUCAAGAAUAACAAGUGUGAAACGCUGCCGUUGGCUACACGGCACAACAUCACGUGUGUGGGGCUCUCUCCAGAUGGAAAUUUUGCCAUACUAAUUGAUGAAGAGGGAGCUGCUUUGCUCGUCAGUUUAAUUGGUAAAUCUGUGAUACACCAGUUCCAUUUCCAUAAGCCAGUGCAUAGUGUCUGCUUUUCCCCUGAUGGCAAGAAAUUUGUGAUUACAAAAGACAACAUUGUUCUUAUGUACCAUGCUCCUGGAAGAAAAAGAGAAUUUAAUGCAUUUGUUCUGGACAAAACUUAUUACGGUCCAUACGAUGAAACAACAUGUAUUGACUGGACUGAUGAUUCCAAAUGUUUUGCUGUAGGGAGCAAGGACAUGUCAACCUGGGUGUUCGGAGCGGAGCGAUGGGCAAACUUGAUCUAUUACUCACUUGGAGGGCAUAAAGAUGCAAUAGUAGCCUGUUUUUUUGAAGAGAACAGUCUAGAUCUGUACACAAUUAGCCAGGAUGGGGCUCUCUGCGUGUGGCAGUGUGAUACAGAGCUGGAUGGUUUGAAGCCCAUGCCCCCUAAAGGUGAAGCAAAGGAAAAGAAAGAAAAAGAUGAUGAUGAAGAUUGUUUUGAAGAACCUCGGUGUGAAGAAAUUCAUGGAAAAGACAAUCCAAAUGAAAAAGAGACCAAAGAGAUCAGAGAGAAGGUUAAAUAUUCUCGUGUUGCAAAGCAUUUUUUCAAUAAAGAGGGUGAUUUUAAUAACCUCACAUCUGCAGCUUAUCACAAGAAAACACACCUUCUAGUCACAGGUUUUGCCUCUGGAAUCUUCCACCUCCAUGAACUUCCCGAUUUCAAUCUGAUCCACUCCUUGAGCAUUUCAGAUCAGCGGAUAUCUUCUAUUUCUAUCAAUUGUACGGGUGACUGGAUUGCCUUUGGAUGUUCAGGUCUGGGGCAGCUCCUGGUUUGGGAAUGGCAAAGUGAGUCGUACGUGCUGAAGCAGCAAGGCCAUUUCAACAGCAUGGUGUCAGUAGCGUAUUCCCCAGAUGGACAGUACAUAGUAACUGGAGGGGAUGAUGGCAAAGUGAAAGUGUGGAACACGUCCAGCAGCUUCUGCUUUGUCACCUUCACGGAACAUAGCAGCGGCGUCACCGCCGUAGCUUUCACUUCCAGCGGUUACGUCAUUUUGAGCGCUUCCCUGGACGGAACGGUGCGGGCUUUUGAUCUACACAGAUACCGCAAUUUCCGCACCUUUACUUCUCCACGGCCAACUCAGUUCUCUUGUUUAGCUGUGGACUCCAGUGGUGAGAUCGUGUCAGCUGGUUCCCAGGAUUCCUUUGAAAUAUUCAUCUGGUCCAUGCAGAGUGGGAGGCUGUUGGAUGUAUUAUCUGGUCAUGAGGGCCCCAUCAGCAGUUUGUCUUUUAACCCAGUGAAGUGUGUUCUAGCUAGUGCCUCCUGGGAUAAGACUGUCAAGUUAUGGGAUAUGUUAGACAGUUGGAGAACCAAGGAGACUCUGAUGUUGAACUCAGAUGUUCUUGUUGUUGCUUUCCGUCCUGAUGGCAAAGAGCUUGCAGUUGCUUCUUUGAAUGGACAGAUAACGUUUUGGGAUCAUGAAAAUGCAGUGCAAACUGGCUCAAUUGAGGGAAGGCAUGACCUCCAGAUGGGAAGAAAGGAACUUGAUAAAAUAACAGCCAAACAGUCGGCCAAGGGAAAAUCUUUUACUACUUUAUGUUAUUCGGCAGAUGGUCAGUCUAUUUUAGCAGGUGGAUUGUCAAAAUUUGUCUGUAUAUAUAACAUCAAAGAACAGAUUCUUAUGAAAAAAUUCGAAAUCUCAUGCAACUUUUCAUUAGAUGCAAUGGAGGAGUACCUAGAUCGAAGGAAAAUGACCGAGUUUGGCAGCAUGGCUCUGAUUGAUGAAGGCACCGGCGAUGAAGAUGGUGUUGCUAUUCCUCUUCCUGGAGUAAAGAGAGGUGACAUGAGUGCUCGACACUUCAAACCAGAAAUAAGAGUGAGUUGCCUGCAAUUCUCUCCUACAGGCCGAAGCUGGGCAGCCACCACCACGGAAGGCCUGCUCAUCUAUUCACUAGACUCCGGGCUGAUGUUUGAUCCCUUUGAGCUAGAUGUUGAUGUCACACCCAGCAAUAUCCGCAAAAUGCUGCAUCAGAAGGAAUACACUGUGGCUAUCGUCAUGGCUUUCAGGCUGAACGAAAAGAAAUUAAUUCAGGAGGUCAUAGAGACCAUACCUAGCAAUGAAGUUGAUGUUAUAUGUUCCGCACUCCCAGAUCUGUAUGUGGAGAAGUUACUGGAGUUCCUGGCCUCUGCCUUUGAGACAUCUUGUCACUUAGAGUUCUAUCUUAUUUGGGCUCAUAAAUUGCUCAUGCUACAUGGACAGAAACUAAAAACAAGGUCAGAAAAGCUGCUCCCUGUGCUCCAGUUUCUUCAGAAGAGCAUCCAACGUCACUUUGAUGAUGUUUCCAAACUCUGUGAAUGGAAUAUCUACAAUAUUAAAUAUGCUUUAGCCAUUUCGCAACAGCGAGGCAUGAAACGUCUGGCAGACACAUCAGAAGAGGAAGGAAACAUGGAUUCUGACAGUGAUUAUGUUAUGCAAGACAUUAAUAAGGAAAGUUUUAGUUCCUAG